AAAUCUGAAGUCCUCCGGAUGCAGUAUCGGUAUCUUGAUCUUCGGUCGCCCAGGAUGCAGUACAAUUUAAGACUGAGAUCACAAAUGGUGAUGAAAAUGAGGGUGUACCUUUGCAGUUUGCAUGGAUUUGUGGAUGUGGAAACACCAACAUUGUUUAAGAGAACACCAGGGGGUGCCAAAGAGUUUGUGGUGCCAACUGGAGACCCUGGGAAGUUCUACUCUCUUCCACAGAGCCCACAGCAGUUCAAACAGCUUCUUAUGGUGGCUGGCAUAGACCGGUACUUUCAGCUCGCUCGCUGCUACAGAGACGAGGGCUCCAAGCCUGACAGACAGCCUGAAUUCACACAGGUGGAUAUCGAAAUAUCCUUUGUAGACCAGGCGGGAGUCAUGAGUUUGAUUGAAGGCUUGAUCCAUUACUCCUGGCCAGAGGACAAAGGACCGAUUAAUGUUCCUUUUCCCUCCAUGACUUAUGAGGAAGCCAUGAGAGACUACGGAGUUGACAAACCAGACACUAGAUUUGGGAUGAAGCUUGUGGAUGUCACCACAGCAUUCCAGACAACACAAAUUGAGUUCAUCAAAGAUGCACUUCUUAAACCAGGCGGCUGCAUUCAGGCCAUCUGCAUCCCAGAAGGAACGAAUCACCUGAAGUGCAAAGACUUGGAGUUCCUGAAACAAACAGCCAAGACACAGUAUGGUCAGGAGGUGAGUGUGGCUCCAGUAAGGGCAGAUGGUUCACUGAAAUCCCCUCUCAGCCGGCUGCUUUCGGACACGGCCAAACAGCAGCUGCUCCAGAUGGCCCACGCCAAUGCUGGAGACCUGAUCUUCAUCACAGCCGGACCCUUGGAGAACGUGCGCCUUCUGUUGGGGAAGCUGAGACUGCAGUGCGUGGAACUGCUUGAGUGCUAUGGCGUGCCAGUUCGUGACCCAUCUGUCUUUCACUUCUUGUGGGUGGUGGACUUUCCCCUCUUCUUACCCAAAGAGGACGAUCCAGAGAUGCUUGAGUCUGCCCACCAUCCCUUCACUGCUCCAGUCCCCGAGGAUGCCCAUCUGCUCUACACCCAACCCCACAAGGUGCGUGGCCAGCAUUACGACUUGGUGCUGAAUGGCUGCGAGAUCGGAGGAGGUUCGAUUCGCAUCCACAAUGCCUCUCAGCAGCUGUACAUCCUGGACACGAUUCUCAAGGAGGACCCAUCACUUCUUUCUCAUUUAUUGGAGGCUCUGGACUCCGGGGCCCCUCCUCAUGGUGGAAUCGCAUUAGGGCUAGAUCGACUGGUGUCCAUUAUUGUAGGUGCUCCCAGUAUCAGAGACGUAAUAGCUUUUCCAAAAUCCUUCAGAGGUCACGACAUCAUGAGUCAUGCUCCAGACUUCGUCUCUGAAGAAGACCUGAAGCCGUACCAUAUUUCUGUAGUCUGGCCUAGCGCAGGUCAGCAGGACAACUCAAUGUAAACUCUAAAAUCUGUGUUAAUAUGCAUAUGAUGUUCCGUUUGCAUGAGGAUGCAAGACAGUUCGCGAUUUCCAUCAGCACCAUAUGGUCGCCAUCUGUGUCCACGCCUUGUGAUGGACUUCAGAGCAGAAGCAGCAGGAUCACUUACUGUCCUGAGAGAAUUGAGCACCAUCUUCUGAGUGAAGGUGACGUCUGUCCCCCACAUCAACAAACACUUUCUUCUGCCUAUUUCAACAGACCAGUCAUGUACUUUCUCACCAUAUACAUGAUCUGUAAUUAGUGUUUUCAAUUGCAAAUUUUUAAUUACAUUAGUUUCAGUGAAAAACAGCGGUGGAUUGUGAGCGUAGCUGAAUAUUCCAUUAGGGGGCUCCGUUGUUCCAUUGCAACUGUUUACAUUGCUUCCGUCAGCAUGCACCAUAUCCUGCAUUUUUUUUCCACCACCAGACAUACCAAAUAAAGCUACAUUUCAGUUUUUCUCAGCGAUGCCUUAUCUGCAAAAGCAGAUGCUCAUUUUUCAUGCCCAGGUACAGCUACUCAUUACAGCCAGUGUUGUUUUAAAGCAGACCUGCGAGUUGGCCGCCAAGCUGUGAACACAGUUCUGUGUCAGACAUGCUGUUUUUGCUGUUCUUCCAAUGACUUUUCCUUAAGUACCCACUCAUUGCCUAUUUACAUGACUAUGUUUACUUGGAAGUACCUGCCUACGUUCAGUAGAUGUUUCCAUUAGUGCUUUAGAGACAAUUGCAGUACUGAUCCUUGGCUGAUUGAUAUAGAGCUCUUCAUUAAUAGUUUAUAAAUGCGACCCACAAGUCAACUUUAAAAUUCUGGUUUGGGCUUUUAUCUUUUGUCCUCUUAAAAAGGGAUGAUUCACCCAAACAUGGAAAUUCUGUUGCAGACCACCUUGAUUUUCUUUAUGUGGAGCACAAAAGAAGAUAUUUUCAAAAACAUCUCCAUGUUUUUUUUUUUUCCAUAGAGUGUUUUUCACUCUUCAAAAUCAUCUUCUUUUGUGUUCUCCAGAAAAAAGAAAUGUAUACAGUCAGCAACAAAAAUACUCACCUGGAAAAGCACAGACAAGAAUUUUUCAGUUUCAGACGGCUGAAAUCAUUGACCAAAACCAUAAAGGUUAUUUAGCACUUCUCUGAUGGCAUGUUUUGACCACGUCAGCGUCUAUCUCAUACACACUGUGCAUUACCUAAAACGGGUA